GCAAGAUAUUUCUGCAGAUACUAAAAUUGAUAUUAUAUUAGUGUCUAGUUCUGUAAAAUAUAAAUAUACUCGGACAAUUUGUGAUGUAGUCAAUUGUCCAAUUCCAGCCGGAACGACAACUACAAUAUUAGUGGCAUUUAAAAUACCACAAGAGUUGGGCAAUGAUUUUCAAGCUUAUCCUUAUCUUUAUAGUAGUAUAACUUAUGGUUGUUCAUGUUAUGCGACGGCAUCUGUGUCGAACUGCUUAGACUGGCCUCCUUUGCCUUAA